GCUAUCUUUGCCAUGUCUAAUCCCACAUGAAUGCUGAGUGCACUGCUGCUGAUGCUUUUAAACAUGCUGGAGAAAAUAUAGUUUUUGCUAGUGGAAGUCCGUUCCAAAAUGUAGACCUUGCUAAUGGAAAAGUAGGCCAUGUAAAUCAAGCAAACAACAUGUAUCUUUUCCCAGGGAUUGGUUUGGGAGCUCUUCUGUCAGGUGCUCGUCUUAUAACUGAUGGAAUGUUGCAGGCAGCCUCUGAAUGCCUUGCUUCCUACAUGACAGAAGAAGAAGUUCUAAAAGGAAUCUUGUAUCCGUCCAUUAAUAGUAUCCGAAAUGUUACAGCAGAGGUUGGAGCUGCUGUUCUGCGGGAAGCAGUUGCAGAAGGGCUGGCAGAAGGGCGCGGUGAGAUAGGGUUCAAAGAACUCUCGCUCAUGUCAAAAGAAGAGACCGUGGAGUACGUCAGAGAAAAUAUGUGGUACCCUGUAUAUAGCCCUCUUGUUCGUGAAAAAUAAGCAUCCUGAAUUUUCCACAACAUAUUUUUGAAGGCCUAGUGGGAUCACAUAAAAUGUUGCUCCGAUCAAGCCCUCUAUAUUAUUGAUUUAUAAUGUUUUAAGUCAGGACUAGGAAGCUUCUGUGAAAAUGUUGUAGUUCUUGAUUUGAUCUUGGCGAAUUCCCAUGGAUGUGUAUAAUAUUGGAGAUAGAUUACUAGUUCCCCCAUCUA